GGGUGUAAGCCAUGACAGCAGAAAGAUAAUGGAGGCAGGUGUGACUGGAUACAAAGUCUAAACGCAUUCCAUUCAAAUUGCACAAUGCCCAGUGGUCCAGUUUGUUUAGGGUAGAAACUUAAUAAUUAUUAUAAUUUUUUAAUGAUGUUAAAAUUAUUUCGGAUUCCCUGGAGGAUGCAGCUAAAAGUCCGUGUGGUUUACGCGGCCGCAUGGAUGAGCUUCUUCUUGCUGUUUGUGCGGGUCGACUUCAGUUUCAGGUUGAAGGAUUUCCACCGCAGCGAGACCAAGGUGUGUGGGUGCAUGAGGUGCGUGAUGGAGCCGCGCGAGGACCAGUGGUUCAGCAGGCUCCACGACAGCCGGGUGCCAAAAUUUAUGAACAGGACCAACAGCAACCUAAGCGAGCUCACUUCUACCUGGUGGAUGAAACUCCAACCAUCCAAAACAGGAAAGCUCAGUGAAGUUGUGGAACCUCUGUUCUCAUUGUUUCAUGAUGAACAAUACUACAAUGACUCUAGUCCUGACCGUUGCAGAACCUGUGCUGUGGUUGGAAACUCAGCCAACCUGAAGGGAUCUCACUAUGGUGCUAUAAUAGAUGCUCAUGACUUUGUUUUCAGGAUGAAUCAUGCUCCAACGAAGGGCUACGAGACUGAUGUUGGGGCCAGGACCACACACAGAGCGUUCUAUCCGGAAAGCGCCACAGACCUGGACCCAUCAACCCAUCUAGUGUUCCUGCCUUUUAAAGUGUUGGAUCUGCAGUGGCUCAUUAGUGCUUUCACCCACAAAAACAUUACACGUACAUAUCGAACGGUGAAACCUACAAUAAAAGCAAACAAAGACAAGGUGAUGAUCAUUAAUCCUGAGUUUAUGAGAUACGUUUAUGAAAACUGGUUGGAGAAAAAAGGAAAAUAUCCAUCAACUGGCAUCAUCAUGCUCAUGAUAGCCCUGCACAUCUGUGAUGAGGUGAAUGUAUUUGGAUUUGGGGCCAGUUCGAAUGGACGAUGGUACCAUUACUUUGACCACACGCAUAAACUGUCCAUUAAUGUGGGUGUACACAGAGGGGGAGUUGAAUAUGAACUCAUCCAGAAACUCGAACAGCGACAUAUUAUCAAAAUGUACAAAGGAUGGUGGUAGAGUCAGAUGACAUGUUUUUUCCUUGACCACAUAAGUUCGAGUAGGAGCUGAGUUGUGUCAUGUCAGCUCACUCUAACAGAGUUUUAUUUGACCUUGACAGCUCUUGAUAUCAAUGCUGAGAACACGCAUCGCUGUGCAGGAUGAUCUAAUGCUCAUGAUCCCAAAUAUUAGCUUAUUAUCAAGCUCGAGGAUCUGGUCAGAUUAGACACCAAAUACUGCUUUUACUUUAGCAAUGUAAACCAAAAAGAAAAAGGAAAAAUGAAGGGGAAUGUUAACACUGCACAGAUAUUGAUUAUGCAGUAGGUAUGCAAUGACCGACUGUUGUUAUGCACAAAUUUUUUAAUGUAUUUAAACUGUGUAUGUCUGUAAAAUAUUGUUAUUUGCUAUUCAGUGUGUGAAGUGUUUUAUCCUCCGUUUGCAAUAAUAAUUUAACCAAAUAUUACUUGGAGAAAAAGUAUCAUAAUGUUUCUGUACCCAUUGUGGCCAAGCCUCUACCACUUUCCAUGGUAGCUCAGUUACCUUUUUUUAAAAUAUUAAAGUUGAAGUAGUUUUCUUGUACUACAAUACAGUAAUUUAUUGUGAAGGAAAUAAAAAAAAAUGUAUGCA